AUGUUUGCAAGGUACCAAGAUGGAAUCGACGAAGUUCAUCUUGCAGAGCUAGGACAAGUACAAGUACCGCAAUUACCUAAAGAUAAUGAAGAACGUUAUGGUCAAUGUUUAUUUUAUAAGACACUUGCCGAUGAAACAAAAUCCUGUUUUAAUCGUAUAAUAAAUAUUUUUAAUGACAUAUCAGUUUUACUUCAACCAAUACUUGAUGAUACAGAACGUCAACCAAUAUUCAAUCGUUCCAUGAUAAGGAAAAUUUUUGGUGUAUUAAAUAAUCAGUAUCUUGAUGAUGAAGGUCAUUUAAAAGUUUUUAAAGCAGCAUGUCGCCUUGGUGAACAUAUCUGUACUGAUAUUAUUGUUCAUCAUCAAAAUCGUCAAGAAUUAUUAUUAAAAUUUUGGUCAACGAUCGGUAUAGCAAAUCUUGAAUUAAUUAAACCUGAAAUACAAACAAAUUUAUUGAAGAUGAUCAUCUCAAUUUUUCAAGAAAAGAUAUUCUUCUUAUCAGAAAAAUAUCUCGUUCAUGCGAUUUUAUUAAGAACAGCACUUGAUGCACAAAUGUAUAAAACAACAAUUAAAAAUUUCGUUCAUCUCCUUCUCGAUGGUUUUUCUUAUGAAAAACAACAAGAUGAUUCAGUUAUAAUAAAAUUAAAACAUGACUUAAAAACGUAUGAGAAUCUUUGUCGUAUCUACGAUUCACAAAUUAUUCAUCGAUUAAUAAACGCAGGUAAAAUUUGAACGCCCAGAGAUGAAAAUCUACAUGGAGGGACAGCAACUUAAAAUCGUAGAUAGUUUCAAGUACUUGGGGUUUACUUGGACUAGCAAAAAGUCGCUGAAACCGACAGUCGACCAAGCCCUUUUAAAAAUUGGCAAAGCACUCGGGAAGUUAAAAUGGUUGAGAACAGGCAGACAUAUCUCAACUCAAGUACUAAGACAGUGCUUUUUUGCUUAUGUGUUCCCUCACUUGGCAUGGAUCUUCCCUUUCUAUCCCUUUUUACCAAAAACGCAACGAGAGGCUCUGGACAGGAAAUUCCGAGUAGCAAUUCGACUUGUCCAUAGAUGCCCAUAUGUAUCAGCAACCGAUCUUUUCACCCUAACUAGAGAAAAGCCCCUAGAAUUUUAUGUACAACGAUACAUAAAGAAAAAAAUAGAAAAAAUAUAUAAGACGGACCUGGG